AUGUCUUCUGCCCAAGACGAAUUCAACCGUCUGGUUCAGUCCAAUCGGGAGAAGUACUCUACACAUCCUGAGGAUCGUGACAACGACUCGGAUCGCGACUCCAAUCUUUCAGAAGACGAACAAGACCACCCUCAGUUCUCGGACUCCGAGGACCACGAUCCCACCAUGAGAACCGGCUCGUCCACCUACCAUGUCCCAAACAUUGUCUUCGAUGCCAACACCGGCCCCAAGGGUGUUAUAGCCGAUGCUCAGGCCUUCGAGCGUGCACGUGCAAGCUCCUUCCGCAAAACACUGCAUCAUAAUGACCACGCUAAAUACAUCGCCGACGACUCCCACCUUCUGCACAAUACCCUGCCUCCGGAUGGUUCGCUCAGUGAUGAGGAUGAGGAACACUUCCUCCGCCAAUGGCGCGAGGAGCGCAUACAAGAACUGAGGAACCGGAACUUCCGGCGGCCAAGUCCCCGUCGAAGAAUGUAUGGAUCGGUCGAUACAGUCGACGCAGUCGGGUACCUUGAUGCCGUUGAGAAAGUCACAUCCGAUACGGUAGUGGUCGUCUGUAUCUAUAACCCCGAGUCAAAGACUAGUGCUCUAGUAGAAGACUGCCUGGAAGGCGUUGCGCACAGAAACCCAACCGUCCGCUUCGUUAAGCUCCACCAUGAAAUUGCCGAGAUGAAUCAUAUCAAGUCCCCGGCAUUGUUGGCCUACAGAGGCGGUGAUGUCUUCGAGACUAUCGUCGAGAUCGUCCGACAAAUCCCGAAAGGUCGCGAUUGUACCUCGCAGACUUUGGAAGAUUUACUCAAACUCUACCGAGUGCUGUAA